CAGACAUUCACCGAGUCACUUCGUGUUUAUCUCUUUGUGACCGCACGCAAUCUCAGCGCUUUACUUUUCAUAUACCCAGUGUAACACUAUUUCCAUACAAACAUGCCUGCAGACAAGCCAGCCAGCAAAGCUAGCGAAAACCGCAAAUCCUCCAAACCUAUCAUGGAGAAAAGGCGACGUGCUAGAAUUAACGAAAGUCUUUCUCAGUUGAAGACUCUGAUACUUGAUGCAAUGAAAAAAGAUAGCUCUCGUCACUCAAAGUUGGAAAAAGCUGAUAUCUUGGAGAUGACUGUCAAAUAUCUUCAAAACGUACAGAGGCAACAAAUGGGAGCUGCUCUCAACCAAGAUCCCACCGUUCUCAGCAAAUACCGAGCUGGAUUCAAUGAAUGCUUCGGCGAAGUUCAACGUUACCUGACCAGCGUAGAAGGUGUCGGUACCGAUACCCGCUCACGUCUUCUUGGACAUCUCGCUAACUGCUGUCAAAAUAUGAGCCAAAAUUAUACGGUUCACCAAGCUUCUUCGCCAGUCGCCGCUCAAGCUGCCGUCACGUCGGUACAGGGAACCAGUAUCGCCACAACAUCACCCACACAACUUCAAGUUUCACAGCCCACAAUGUCAGUCCAAACAACGAACAUUACAACUAAGCUAGAAGCUAACUCGCCAAUGGCCAGACUUUUCCCAGUCAUGCCAGGAAAUCUACCAAGCGGCGAAGUUGCCGUUCUUUUGUCGCCACAAACCCUCCCAGGCGGACAAAUACCCAGUCACUUCAUCCCAGUUUACGCACACGGUACACCUGCUCUGAGUCCAGUUUCAUCGCUCGGCAGCCCAACAAGUACGGAAUCUAGUCUCGCCAGCCCAGUUGUGUCAACAACGACAUCAUCAUACACCGCCUGUUCGUCAGCAGUGAGUCCGAUGGCAGGAUCCCUCGCUCCCGUUGCGUACCAGGCAACAACUUCUCCUGUUCCAGUGACAACGCAAGUACAAGUAAAACCAGCUGUUCUCGCGCAGCACGUCGUGCCCACCGAGUCAGAGUCUGUAUGGAGACCCUGGUAGGAGCUUGGCGUUUACUGCCAACUCGCAUUUACAAACUUUGUGAACUUCUACACCUCCAAAGACAUUUACUUUAUGAAUAUUUUUUUGUACAAUGGUCUUCCAUACCGACAGUGUAAAAUAAGAUAUAUAUAUUUUAUUAUAAGAGUUUUAUAUAUACGUUUUGAUGCUUACAAAAGAGAAGCAAUUUAGUGACUUAUUGCUUUUGAGGUUUACGGCAUCUCGCCGAUGUCUGUCUUACUGUGUCGCAAUUAUUUUAUAUAAUGUCAUUUUCCAAGUUUAUAAGUUGACAUUUAUUAAAAUGAUUAUGAUUCUGAGGAAAUGUUA